CUUUUGAACAUUAACGGCAUCAUUACCAACUAUUCUCGAAGGAAGUCAUUUCUACCGAUUCUUACAAACUACAGGCAGCCAUGGCUACAGCCGCCACCUUCUCCGUCUCUCUCGCGCCUCACUCUCGCCGCUUCUCUGUCUCCUCAACCAAUCGCCUUAGAUCCAUUUUGUCCUUUUCUUCUUCUCCUUCUUCACUUCAUUUCAGUUCUCUUACCUUAAACUUUACCCUUAAAAACCCUAGCCUUUGCGUCUCUGCAUCUGCUAUGAGCUUCGAAACUUCUGAGAGAAUCUCUACUGCCGCUUUUCUCGACCGCAGGGAAAGUGGAUUCCUUCACUUUGUUAAGUACCACGGUCUUGGCAAUAACUUCAUUUUGAUUGAUAAUAGGGACUCUGCAGAACCUAGGAUCACACCGGAACAAGCUGUCGAGCUGUGUGAUCGGAACUUUGGCGUUGGUGCUGAUGGAGUAAUUUUCGUCAUGCCUGGAAUCAAUGGCACUGAUUAUACCAUGAGGAUAUUUAAUUCUGAUGGUAGCGAACCAGAGAUGUGUGGUAAUGGAGUGAGAUGCUUUGCCAAAUUCAUUGCUGAGCUUGAAAAUCUGCACGGGAGGCAAAGCUUUACCGUACACACUGGUGCUGGUCUUAUUAUACCAGAAAUCUUAGAUAAUGGGAAGGUUAGGGUUGACAUGGGCGAGCCAAUACUUAACGCACCAGAUGUACCAACAAAGUUACCUGCAAAUAAAGAUGACUCUGUUGUUAAAUCAGAACUAGUUGUAGAUGGACUAACCUGGAACGUGACAUGUGUUAGUAUGGGUAAUCCUCACUGCGUGACCUUUGGUACAAAGGGAGAUCAAGUAUGUACUCUUUGGGGUUAAUGAAGCAACUUAAUCUUUAUCUGAAUUUAUGCCAUAUGUG